AUGAUAGCAGAACUUUGUGGAAAAUUUGUUAGACUCCCUAUGAACAAGCAUGCUAGCAAUGUGGUGGAAUAUUUAAUGAGAUGUUCUAAUCAAGAUGAUGUUAAUGCUAUAGUAGAAGAGCUAAUAAGAAGCACUGAUUUCUUGAAUGUUAUUCAAGAUCCUUAUGGGAAUUAUGUUGCACAAAGAGCACUAAAAUGCACUAAGGGCUAUCUACGUAGAAAACUUUCUUUUACCAUUCGAUCCUAUCGCAUCGAGCUUCAAAACCAUCCACAUGGGAAAAUAGUGUUGGACAAUGCCAAAUCUAGCAAGCGAUGA